AAGGAGCUGCCAGCAAUGCAGAUGGCAAACAGCUUUUGAAACCAAAGGACCCUGAGCAUCACAAAAUUCUGCCUAAAGCAAAAUGUAGGAACUUCACAGAGAAUAGCCAGCAGGCUUGUGUCUCUGAGUCGGAGGAGAACAAUAAGGAGUUAAGAAUCAGCAACAGCUCUACCAGAAUUUUAGAACAGCUUGGUUUAAAGAGAAGAAAGAAUUUAUAUCCUCUCUCUCCCCCUUCCUUUGCCUGGAUGGUCUGGUCUCUCUGAUAGAUCACAUGGGCUUUCUCAUACUCAAUUGCUGCAAGAGCGCCAGCAGCUGCUGCUGCUGAUCUAGGAAACUAUAUCGCGGCUGUUUAAGUGUGUCAAUGCCUUAUGGUCCCCAGCUCCAAUUUAAAACAGGAUACCACAAUGUAUCUCUGAAUAAGCCGAUAAGAGCCUGGGAUCUCACCUUUUUCCUCCCUAUGCUCCAGAAUCUAACCAUGUCUAUCUGUUGUUGCCUUUUUUUCAGGGAUUAUGGAUCCUCAAAAAGGAAAUCAGGUGCUGACGCUAGCUCUGAACCUAUGAUCCUGGAGCAAUAUGUGGUGGUAUCUAACUAUGAGAAACAGGAGAACUCGGAGAUCAGCCUGCAGGCCGGCGAAGUGGUGGAUGUAAUAGAGAAGAAUGAAAGUGGUUGGUGGUUUGUAAGUACUUCAGAAGAGCAAGGCUGGGUCCCUGCAACUUAUUUGGAAUCCCAAAGCGGAAUUAGAGAUGAUUCUGAAAUUAACAUGUCCAAAAGAGGAGAAGUUUCUAAGAGACGCAAGGCUCACCUGAGGCGCUUGGACCGUCGAUGGACACUGGGAGGGAUGGUCAACAGGCAGCAGAGUCGAGAAGAGAAAUAUGUCACAAUUCAGUCAUAUACCAGCCAGGGGAAGGAUGAAAUUAGUUUCGACAAGGGAGUCAUUGUGGACGUCAUUCAAAAGAACCUGGAAGGAUGGUGGUACAUAAGAUAUUUAGACAAAGAAGGCUGGGCCCCAGCAUCAUAUCUGAAGAAAGCAAAAGAUGAGCUUCCCUCUCGGAAAAAGAAUCUUACAGGACCAGUGGAAAUUAUAGGAAACAUCAUGGAGAUCAGCAAUUUGCUGAACAAGAAAUCUUCCAGUGACAAGGAAACUCAGUCAGAAAUUGAAACGACGGAAUCACAUGUUGCCAAGAAAGAAAUAAGCUUGCCCAUCUUAUGCAAUGACUCCAAUGGCAAUUUCAUGAUGACCCAAGACAAGCAGAUUUCAAAGCAGGUGCAGGGAUCUCCUGCCAUAGCACGGAUUGCCCCACAAAGAGCUCAGAUAAGUUCUCCAAAUCUGCGUAUGAAACCUCCUCCAAGAAGAGAAUCUAGUUUGGGCUUUCAACUACCUAAGCCUCCUGAGCCACCAUCAGUGGAAGUUGAAUAUUAUACUAUUGCAGAAUUCCAGUCUUGUAUAGCUGAUGGAAUAAGCUUUCAUGGAGGACAAAAAGCAGAGGUUAUUGACAAGAAUUCUGGGGGCUGGUGGUAUGUCCAGAUUGGAGAAAAAGAAGGCUGGGCUCCAGCAUCAUAUAUUGAUAAAAGGAAGAAACCUAAUUUAAAUAGGCGAACAAGUACUCUGACCAGGCCCAAAGUUCCUCCCCCUGCUCCUCCUAAUAAAGUAAAAGAUUCUGAAGAAGUAACAGCUUCUAGUACCACAGCUACAGGAGAUGGCCAAGAUUCCCCAUACAAGCAGAGAUAUGAGGAACCAGAGUAUGAUGUGCCUGCCUUUGGUCAUGACUCAGAAUCUGAACUGAGCCAAGGAGAAGAUGGUAACUCAGAGAGAAGCUCUUUCCCCCUUCCAAAACCUUCCCCUGGAUCAUCUCUCCAAAGAGCAAAAUUUCAAGUUGGAGAGUCUUCUGAUGAUGUGACUCAUGAAGAGGAAACAAUCUAUGAAAAUGAAGGCUUUAGAUCUUACAUAGAAGAUGCACUGUCAAGCAAGGAAUCUAGUGGAGAUUCUGAUUCUAGAACUUCCUCACUAUCUUUGAUCCAAAGAAAUUCUCCACGUUCACUUUCUCCUAAAUCCUCCCUUCUGAAACCUAAAAGUAUUCAAACAAACUUUGGGAAGUCUCAUUACAGUCACAAUGAGGAGACAAAGCCAAGAUCAGCCUCAGAUGCUGGCCUAAGUAGUAUACCCAAAUCAAGCACAAAAAGGGAUACUGGAGAGCUCAUGUCUAGCAGAGCAAAACCAAUGGUGAGGCCAAAACCAUUUCUGAACAAAGCAGAUUCUCAGAGUCAAGAAAUUAUGAACAUCAGUACUUUACGUAAUCAUCUGAGACCAACUAGGCAACUCAGAGGUGGACUUAAAGGUUCAAGAAGUGAGGAGUCUGAAAGUCCACCUCAGACAAUGUCUGGAAACUCUGAAGAGUCUUUCAGAAGAAAUUCUGCAGAAUUCAUUACAUCUCCUUCCCAUACCUUAUUUUACGCCAGCCAGCUAGCCAAAACAGAGAAUGAAAGCAAUCCCUCAAAAUGUCUGUAUAUAACCACUGAUUCGUAUCAAAAAGUUCAAGAUUCUGAAAUCAGUUUCCCUGCUGGAAUAGAAGUGGAAGUAUUGGAAAAGCAGUCAAGUGGAUGGUGGUAUUUGAAAUACGGAGAAAUAGAAGGGUGGGCUCCUUCUCAUUAUCUGAUACCUUUUGAUAACCAGCAACAAGAAAACACCUCCAGUGGAGGAGAUCCCACAUCCAACAUUUCACAGGCAAGAAACAGAAGAAAUGAAAGCAAAUCCAAUAGCUUGGAGAAAAUAGAGAAGAAGGUCCAGGCACUGAAUACUAUCAACCAGAACAAAAGAACACCUCCUAUUCCUAAUAAGCCACCUGGUGGCUUCUCCAAAACAUCCGGACCUGUUAAAUUGCGAAAUGGAGUUAGACAGCUAGCAGUGAGACCACAGUCAGUGUUUGUUUCUCCACCACCCAAGGAUAAUAAUCUGCCUUGUUCCCUUCGUAGGAAUGAGUCUCUUUCUGCCACAGAUCAUUUGAGGGCCGUACGUCGUAAUUCAUCUUUCAGUGCUACCCAAUCCCAAAUGAAUGAGUCUAAAGUAAAACAUGAUGGUCGAUUGGGUUCUGAAGGGUCAGAUAAUGCCUCCUACAUACCAACAGAUCGCAAUGGAAUUCCAGUGUCCACUGUCAGGCCCAAGCCCAUUGAAAAAUCCCAGUUCAUUCAUAAUAACCUUAAGGAUAUUUAUAUCUCCAUUGCAGAUUAUGAGGGAGAUGAAGAAACUGCUGGGUUUCAAGAAGGUGUCUGCAUGGAGGUAUUGGAAAAAAACCCAAAUGGCUGGUGGUACUGCCAGAUCAUGGACAGUGGGAAACCAUUUAAAGGCUGGGUGCCCUCAAAUUAUUUGGAAAAAAAGAAAUAGUCUUGCCAUGUAUUUAAAUUCACUAAUUUAUACUACCCUAUGGUGUACAUUUGGAAGAAGGAAAAAGAUAGAAAGAUCUAUUUCCUUUACACUAUUGUACAUACACAGGACAAUUCAGUUUUGCUUGUGGCCCAGAAAGUCGGCCAUCUUUUAGGAAGUUUUGAAGGAAUACUCUCAUUCUGCAAGUAUCAAGAAAAUACAGCUGGAAUUAAUGCCCUUUUAUUUUCUUUUUCCUCCCCACAAAGAUGUGCAUCAGGGUACAUUAUCCUAUCUCCUGAUUUUAAUACUCAGAAACAAAUGUGUGCCUUUCACAUUCUGGUUUGGAAUUAUGGGUUUAUUUGGGAUUGAUUGGGAGUUUGAUGCCAAAUCCAAACGUGUUUUAUAAAAAACUCUGCUUAAACAUUUCUCCCAUGUGAUGUGGCCAUAAAUGGUAUUUGGUUGAUCCCCACUUCACCCAAGAUGUGUGGGGAAAAGAGCAAGUGGAGAAAAUUUUCAAGAAACCAUCACUCAACUAUUGCAUUCUGGUCUCUAGAUUGAAGAUCUGAAACGGUUUUUUUUUCUUCCAUUUCUGGUACUGAAUUUGAAUCACUUAUUGUUCUGCUUCCUCCAGUACCUUAGUUUUUUCUUUUCUCAUAUCCCUUACUUGUCAGCUGGGUCAGAAAUGGGGAGGGGUAUUUUUUAAAAAGUUAUAAGUGGACUUUGAAGUGUAAUCCAGUUUUAUGUGGUUCCCUAAUGUUUGUAAACACGCUAAAACUAUGAGUUGCACACAAUCUUUUCUGCACAUUAGUUUCAACUUUAAUAUUUUCCUUUUGUGGCCUUCUGAAUACUAUGUACUAAAAUUAUUUUGAGAGUACUUGCCAGACAACUCAGUUAUUCAGAGUUUCAGAUAUCAACUAAGAAUUAAUCAAGUUUCAUCUAAAUCCAAAGAUGAAAAGAGGAAGACCUGUAAUACAACCUGCUUCUCUUUUUGUUGGGUUAUGGCCUGUUAUGGCUUGGCUUGGCUAGACUAGCUUUCUAAGGGAGGGGAACGCCUUUCUCAAACAUCUGCUUCUUCUCAUCUUCUCAGGCUCGACCUUUCAGCUGUGACAGAGUUGCAUUGGGUUGCACAUACCCUGCUUUCACCAGGACAUUGGUCUUGCUGUGCUGCUCUUUAUCUCAAGCCCUGCAGGACUCCUUGCUUUUGUAGUCCUGGAGGGAGGAGAGGGAGGAGGAUCCAUCAGAGAAACCCUGCAGGUGAUGCUUCUCCUCUCACUGUGCUAUGGUCAGAACCAAUUCUGCGGGGUCUGUGUGUGACUCUUCACCAUGUCCAUUAUGUGAAAGAGGACAGUUCAAAUCAAUAGAACUUUCCUGAACAGAUCAUGGCAAUUAGCAUUACCAUCAUAAAGAGAAAAAUAAAAAGGGCAGAGCUGAGUUGAGCUGACUAUGCAUGCCACACUGAAAACAACAAACAAAAUUUGCUUCCACACCACGGGCCAUUGUCUGGCUUCUUUUGUUAUGAAGGGAAGGGUUUGGCAUGUUUUCAACAUUUAUAUCACCAAUGGGUAUGAACAGGCAAGAACAUGAAAAUCACUUCAUGUAAGGAGGCAGUUUCCCAAUCCAGCAGGCUGUAUGUUUGUGAAAAAUUAUUUAUUUUCUUCCUUGAGUACUUCACUGAGAAGAACGUAGGCCACCCAGAAUUAGUUUCAUGUUGCAAUAAAAAGAGUAUCAAAAGAGGUGCUUUGUGUGCACAUCUGAAUGUUGAUGGUUCAUCAAGUUUCUCUUCGUUUCAUGUCCAGCCAAUGCCGAUCCUUACCUGGCAGAGAAGCAUCUAUAUUAUCAAAGUCAGAAUGGAAAUGAGCAAAAGCCAUGGAUGUUACCAACUGCAUACUUCGCUUUAGUUUAUAUAUGAGAAUAAAAGAGAGAUUUUUAUUAGUAAACACCAGACUUCUGAACAAGUCUUUUUUAAAGAACAACAAUACAAAUUAUUUUGUUCUUCUCAGUUGGAGAUUAGUUUUGUACCUAUAGAUAUUGUCAAAGGGUGAUUGAACAGAGCACCAUUAGACUGGGAAUGUUAAAAAGCAGGAAUUCUGUACUCAUGUAUCCUCUUUUGCCUUUUUAUUUAUGAUUUCAGAUGCUUUUUUAAAAAAAUGAGAUUUGGUGGGAAAGCAUAAACAUUAAAACCACUGGGGUUUGUGCAAAGGCUUUGGGUACAAAGUGUGUUUAUAUUUUGAUGCAUUUUCAUUUAUAGCCUUUCAGUGAACUUUGUAAUUGGUAAACAACAGCAACAACACACCAGAAGGCCUUUAUUUAAACAAUAUGGAAAUCAGACAACAGAUUUAUCACCAUUUUGAAGCCCAAUAUUUUAUAUGGAAAAUGAAGAAAAGACUGGGGGUUUUUAGGGAGAAAAUGUUAAAUAAUUCUCCAGCCACGGUCUUACAUUCUAUCACUAGAAGAUGAAAGAAUUGGAAGAUUUUUAAUAAGGUCCAACUCAUCUUUUUCUGAACAAUUAAAAAUUAAGUAUAUUUUGAGAUGUUUUAGCUUUCUGAAAAUUACAUAAUUAUCACUU